CCUGAAUCUUUUACGGCUAGCCUAACAUAAACAGUCAUGAUUCAUUCGCCUGAAUCUUUUUUUAUCUUCUUCAAUCUUCACCUGUGGUCUCUGACCUAAUUCGUGUGAAAAAUGCAUGGAAUACCACGAAGAGCUCCAAGCCAAGACGAGCUAGAAGCUUCUGCGGUCAAAUCAGCGAAGCUUCGAUCUCUCCAAGCUCAGUUCAUCCACCAUCAUCACAAUAAAAUUUAUAAUAAAGAAGCGAUUGAAGUAAGCGCGAAGCUGCUCGAGGUUAAUCCAGAGCACUACACAGCCUGGAAUUACCGGAAGCUCGCUGUAGAGGACCGUCUUCAUCAAUUUGACAAUGUUAACAAUGCGGAGUCUAUCAAAACUAUUCUAGAUGAAGAACUCAGACUAGUGGAGAACGCAUUGCGGAGAAAUUACAAGUCUUAUGGAGCAUGGUAUCACCGCAAGUGGGUGCUAAGCAAAGGUCAUUCUUCCACCGACCGAGAAUUAUUGCUUCUGGCUAAGUUCCAGAAGGCAGAUUCUCGGAAUUUCCAUGCUUGGAAUUAUAGGAGGUUUAUUACAUCAUUGAAGAACAUUCUAGAUAAGGAUGAACUACAAUAUACAACAGACAUGAUAGAAGACAAUAUGAGCAAUUAUUCUGCUUGGCACAACCGUAGUGUUCUACUUAGUCGGCUGCUGAACGAGAAGGCAAAAGGAUUUUUUCCCAAGGAGAGUGUGUUGACAGAAGAGUUUAAGUUUGUUCGUAAUGCUCUUUUUACAGAUCCAGAUGAUCAAAGUGGUUGGUUUUACCAUCUCUGGCUUCUUGACCAGACAGUUCAAAAAACUAAUUUGUUGGUAUCUUCAUGGCCACCUCACGACUCUAGUCUUCAUUUGUCAACGGAUGGGUUGCUUGAUAAUAAUUAUAUUUUGUCUAAUCCUAGAACACUUCCUCUCAUUCUCUACUUUAGUGAAGCAGUUAAAAAUAUAAGUUCAUCAACAGUCAAGGUUGAAUGUGAAGGUAAUUUGAAUACAGAUAUUUCUUGGCGACCACUCUCAGGAAAUGGUAUUGGGUACGCACAAGCCUGGUUAACUUAUGUCAGAUUUCCAGAUGAUGUCCAAUGUUUAGAGUUUUAUAAUGUAAAGGUCAGCCUUUCCAGUUCCCAAGGCAUAGUUUGUUUGAACGGCUCUGUUUACAUGAGUGAUUCUACUGAACUAACCUUUACCGUACACGUACCCCCUAAGAAUUCAGAACAUAUACCGAUAGAAAAUGAAAAGAGGAUUUUUCUAACUGAGGAAAAGUUCUGUAGAAAUGAAACUGUUUCUUCCCAGUCAGUUUUAUUUAACGCAUCCCAUCAAUUGAGAAUACCUAUAGAUGAAAAAGAAAGGGACUUGGAUUGGAAGAUUCAGAUAGUUGAUAGUGAGAUAGCUCAUUGCAGGGAGCUAUUAUCAUCGGACAAUUGUAAAAUUGGAAAGUUAACACUUGCAAGAUUGUUGAUGGCACGCGACAAAUUGCUGUCAUGUGAUGGCACAAAUGCUGGCAAUCACUAUGAAGAAGUUCUUCAGUUGUACGAUAAUUUAAUGAAAUUGGAUCCACCGCACAUUCAGCACUAUAAAGAUGAAUACAGCUCUGUUUUGCUAAAACAGUUAUUCCGCAAUCAAAAGUCAUUGAUGGAGUGUUGCAGUCAAUAUCAAGAACCAUCUUCAAUCUUCCAUAAUUAUUUAUGUCUGCGGCUAAAUAAUCUCUCACUUACCCAACUUGGUUGUGUUCAGAAACUUUUGUGGGUCCAGAUCCUAGAUCUUAGCUGCAAUCAGCUUCGGUCCAUUGAAGGUUUGGAGGCAAUGCAGCAACUAGUUUGCUUAAACCUAAGCAAGAACUUGCUUAGCAGUUUCACUGCAUUAGAGCCUCUCAGGCAGCUAAGAUCUCUAAAAGUAUUGGACAUCUCAUACAAUGAAAUUGGCUCACAUUCAAUUGACACAAAGAGGUACCUUUAUUCUUCUUCACCCCUGUGCCUUUCUAGUGGGAGCGCAUGUAACAUUGAGGAAUUAGUGGCUACUAAUUAUUUGCAAGCGCUGUUGGUUUUUAAGAAACUGAGUGUGACACAACUGGAUAUGGCGGGGAAUGCUGUUUCUGAUGACAAAAAGUUAAAGCUGUUGCUCUUUGAGCUUAUGCCAUCGCUCAAAUGGCUUGAUGGUCUAAAGUUGAGAUGAUAUUCAAGUGCCUUUUUUAUUAGUUCCUCCACAUGUUACAGAUGUUAUCUUCGGGCGUUUUGAACUCCUGCUCUUGAUUUAGCUGGUUGGUGAAAGCUGCUCUGUUUUUAGUCCCUUGAUCAUUUACGAUUAUUAAAUGUAAGAAUUUUUGUUUCCAAAAGAAGUUGUACUUCGAUUCUGUUGUGGAUCUGCCACAUUGAAGAUCUGAGGGGCGUGUUAAACUUAAUACUCCUGCAUUUAUGUUGAUUACUAAUUAAAAAAAACUCAAAGUGUUGCAGCAUUAAUUAUAUGGAACGUGUCUUGGAGCUCUCUUGACAUCCCCAAGGAAAAGUGCAACGGUGCAUAAAUGCGAGAGGGAUUGCGAGCGUGAACUUGCAGAAGAGGCGAAGAGCUGCUAUAAACUCCCACGGAGUAUUAUUUGCAGGUUGCUGCCUUGCUGGUAGUGUGUAUCUUCCCGCCUCUGGGUAUAUAUAAAACCCUGCAAAUCCAAAUUCCCGAAGCAACACCAAACUGUGAAGGUUGGAAAAGCAAAAUCACGAUACUAUUUUUUAAACAAGUUGGCCUGGGAGGUAGAGCAUGCUAACACUUUCUAAUUUUGAAUGGGAAUGUAGUGGUGGCUGUGCUAAUUUCUUUUGUGGUGUGUUUGCAGUGCCGAUCCUAACUAAACUCGAGCCUGAGGCGAGCAUCAUAAAUGAGUCCUAUACAUAGUAUUUGUUUGUCAUAUAAUUCACUAAAAUUCAAUGAUUAAAUAUAAAAAACCACAAUUCUUAAAUAAAAGUCUUACAUGAUAACAAAAUGUUACUGAAUGUACUAAAAACUAAUUAAGUACAACUCGUCGAACAAUUUUAGAUGCAAAAAUAUUUAUCACAUCCGCAUAAUGUAGUGGUUCUAAAAAAUAAAAAAUACAUAAUUUAGUGGUAUCCUUAACAAUAUACUCCCUCUGAUCCUUAAUGAAGUUUACACUUUGACUUCACACAUUAAGGAAAUAAAUUUGACUUUACUGUAGAGUACACUGUUUGACACUGUUUGACACUGUUUGGCACUGUUUGGUGUAGAUUUGUUUGUCAAAUAAGGCAAAUAAGAAAGUGUAAAGUUUAAUAUAGGACGACCCAAAAAGGAAAGUGUAAAGUUAAUUAAGGACUGGAGGGAGUAUAAUAGUAAUUUUUCUCUAAAAAUACAAAGCAUAUAAUAUCAUAAUUUAACUAAUUGUAAAUCGAGAAUUCCAUAAUUGCAAUAUUGAUAAAUGAUAACCCUAAACAAAAAAAAAUAGUUGGACAGAGAAGGCCGACAAGGACUCCUGACAAGGAUUUUCUCCAAUCCUCCUCCAGUCCUUCGCUCGUGAGUCCAUGACCGCUUCGCCUCUUCGCUAGUUCGCUUCAAUCCCUAAUUUCUCGACUGCUGGUAUCUUUCGCAAACGGCAAAUUGCAGGGGCAGGUUGGUUUAAUUGGGAGGGGUUGACUAAUUAGAUAUAAAAUACAUAUAUGUAUAAUACUAAUUAUUGUAAAAAAAAUGGACCCUUAAUUUUUCCAAUUUUUUGGAGCCCUGAGGCUUGGGCCUCUCCAGCCUUACAUAAGGCACGGUCCUGUGUGUUUGGGGGGGGGGUUGUAUUUCCUGAAAGAUUCCUGAAAGAUGUCAUGAAGAGGGAUGUAUUGAAUAUGGAUUGUGGUGGAUUUUUUUUAAUCCGUGGACUUUUAAAAAAGUCAAUGGACUUUUAAAUUCAUAGACUUUUUUAUGAAUGAAUUCUAUGGUUUUUUAAAUCCAUGGAUAAGUUUAUUGACUUUCAAAAAGUCCAUAAACUUUUAAAUGCGAACCAUCACUGCUGGUCGUCGAAAUUUUCACCUAGACCGCCACUACCGAUUUGCCCGUCCGCCUCCAUCACUUGAGUUCCCCGCUGCCGUCAUCGAACUGAUCCGCCACCAACAAAGUCGAUUUGGUUAUGCAAGAGAAUUAUGGACAAUUACUUAUAUUAAUUAAUUAAAUUAGGGGUGAAUAUGUAAUAUUUAGUCCUAUUUAAGGAAAUCAAACAUAUGAUCAUACUUUAAGAAGAAUGCUACUCUGUAUGUUUUAGUCCUACCCUGAAUAAUUUCCUCCGUAUAAUACAUAGUAUGAUAAGAAAUAAAUUAAACAAAUGUAAUUCAUAUAGCAACACAAAGUUCUACAAGAAUAAAUGAAGCAUAUGAAUCCAAAUUUAUUUUUAUUAAAAAAACUCAAAGUUUCAAGAAUGCUCAAGAAUUUUGGUCAUUUUAUUAAUGAGUAAAAACAUUAAUCGUUACACAACCGUUACACUCAUUGCUACAUGUGGUACAAGCACAGUUGCAAUCGAGUUUAUCUUCUUAAUAAUUAUUUUCUUUUCAUUUCUUUCUUGUAAACGGUUAUAUAUUUAUUAAUUUGAAAUUAUAUUUUUAUGUGUUAGUGAUUUAACGAUGAAAGAAAGUAAUAGUUAAAAUAUUUAUUUUCUUAAUGGUUAAGUGACGACGUACCAGAAUUGCACUGAUGUAAUAUUAUCGAUUCUUAUACCAGUCAUUCUAGAAACUUCUAGAAUUGAAC